AUCGCUUCGUUUUCAACAGGGAUUUCCUCUUGUGAAACGGAAUCAUCCGUCGACGUACUCGAGGGAAGAGUGAUUUCAACGCUCAUCCAGAUCUUACUCAAUAAGCUCGAUAGGGCCCCUGUGGAAUGUUUAGUUGAUCUCAAACCUUACCAACAUGAAGAAGAAAUCACAAUUUCGUGUCUAUUCUCAAAUCCUAGUUUUUGUUUGGCUAAACGUGGGCCAUGGUAGUGCAAUUGAAGUGCCUCAGACCCUGGAGAGUUUAGGCGAUCUAGAACAUCUAGAUCUGGUGCAAUACAGGACAAGUCGGCAGUUCAAACAAGCAGCCAGUAGCAAUCAGGAUGGUGUGGCAGUCGGGUUGAUAGACGCCCUCCAGAGGUGGGCCGAUGCCUUGGAGGCUCAAAUCUCCCUGAUGAGAAAGGAGGUGAUCUCUAUCAAGGCCUCCAACAAGAGGCUAAAGACCGAGGUGGAUGACACCCUGGAUGAAAACAAGGCGUUGAAGAACCAGGUAUCGGCUUUGGCCAAAGACUUGGCCGACACCAGGGAAGCUCUCAACAAGAGUGAAGGUAAUAUGGCCAAGGAAUCAAGCACAGUAAAUACAAAGGUGGAGGUCAUGCGCACAGACCUACAGGUGUUUUCAAAAUCCUUUUCCGACUUCUUGCAACAUUACCAAGAUCACGCAGACCAGACCAAGGCCAACGUGACGAGUCUUUCCAAACGAAUGAACGCCCUCAAGGGAUCGGUGCAGGAGUUGUCCAGUAGUUCAGGUGACAUUUCAGGCGAGGUAAAGGCCUCUUUGGAGACAAUGACCAACUCGAUUGCUGUCCUGACUCAGACCGACUACAUCCUUCAAGACCGACUCAAACAAACCGAAAAUAUGACACAAGCUUUUGCUUCCGAAAUUGGCACAGAAAUUAUGAAAUUGCGCACAACGAUCAUCAGCCCCACGUUUUUCAAUGACGCUAUUGGUAAUCUGUCACGAGAGAUUAACAAUGCAAAAGUGGAAAACGAAAUGAAUAUUACCACGCUUUCUUUUUCGGUCAAAGCUUUAGAACAGAAUAUAAAGCUUUUGCUCUUGAACACCACUGAGGAGACGGAAGAGAACAUCAUGACAAUUAAGGACGCCAUUAAACAAAUACGGCAGGAGAUCAAGUUGCAAUCCGAUGCCUUUGCCACGGAUUUCGUGUCGGUUCGAAAGAGUGUUGACUUCGCUAAGGGCAAGUACGAUGAGCUGUCCAUCUUCGCUGACACCAUCAAUUUGAAAUUAAGGCAUAACAUUGAGGUGAGGAACAAUUUUACGACUGUGGUGCUCCUCGCCAUGAAUGAUCUGGGCUCCAGGAUUGAGGUCUCGGAGGAGGCACUCGCUGAGCUUCAGCCUCAAUUAGUAGCCUUCAACAAAUCUUUGUCAAACUUAAUGGGCCAAGUGGGCACUGAGAUACUCCGACUGCAAGACACGAACUCUGUUCUUCAAACCAGAUUGGGUUUGUUAAAUGACACGAUGACUGAGCACCAAGACGCGACUGUUGUGAACUCUAAUGUGACAAUUGGCCUGAGUGAGAAGAUCUCGGGGCUUGAGACCAAAUUGCAUAUGGUGGAAGGUAACGCCACUUUGUUAAGUAUCAAGACUCAACAGUCUGAGCGCAAUUACACCAUCAUUGUCAGGGGGAUCACCAGCUUGGAAAAGCACUUCAUUGACAUGAAACAAGACAUGUUCUCGACCAAAUUGAAUGUGGGCGUGAUCAAUAAUACUGUCAGUAAUCUAGGUCUCGUCACGGAGAGUCUUGGCGCCAUGCAAGAUGAUAUGGACAAUGUCACACAAACCAUCAAAACAAAACUCGUGGAAAUGGCGGAUCACUCCAAUGAGGUAAAGGGCGAGAUGACGAUCUUGUGGAACACCACGGCCGUUAUCAGUACAAAACUACAAGAGAUGGUCCAGAAUGUGACCCACCUUCAAGGUAGAGUUACCCAAGAAACGGAUAAAAACGCCCUGACCAAUUCCCGACAGAACAAACGAAUGGACAAGUUUGGAAACACGACCUCGGCUCUGGAAAUCGGACUGACCGGACUUAUGAACUAUAGUGUCGAAGUACAAGCUAAUAUCUCCAGGUUACUAGUAUUUGCAGCGGAGAAUAAGGCCGAGAUCCUCGAGCUCAAGGUAGCAAACAGUGGGUUGGAGGCUCAGAUGGGAACGCUCAAUGACUUGCAUGACAUCCAUAACGACAAAGUGACGGAGCAUGCAGGACUGACUGAGGCCAACAUCACGCGUUUGAACGGCUUGGCCGGCGCACUGGAGACCGAAUUGGACGUCAUGACUCAAAGAUAUCAGACUCUUGAAAGCCUUUUCGCUAAUUAUGCUCAAACUGCAGGUGAUCUCGGCGAAGAUGUUCAGAAGAUCCAAGAUGAACAAAUGGAGACCAGGAACUCCAUCGAAACCAUGAAGUUUGACCUUUCCAAGGUUGAGGCUGGCACCGCCGGAGUGGAUGUUUUCAUUUCGUCCAUUCAAGGCCACAUAUCGAUGCUGACUUCAAAUGUGACGUCGCUGAAUGGAAAUUUCACUGCCACUAAAGAAGAACUCAGGAUUGCCCAAACCAGGAUGGGAGCCAUGGGCAGUAUGUUGGACGAUAUUAGUGAGAAUGUGACCGAUAAUAGAAACGCCAUCGUGUUGGCUGGGGACGAGAUUGAUACCCUCAAGUUAAAUAGCAGCACGCUGAAGGCCAACAUUAUUGGUCUGGGCAAUUACAUCAACAACGUCAAUGGGGAUGUUAAUAAACUGGCCAACUCCUUUGAGCGUUACAUCUCCGAAUUGAAGACAGAGGUAGUAAAUAUGACGACAAACCUGACCAAUCUGGAAGAGACCGUGACGACCGAAAAUGCGGCGUUCAGAAACUCACUUCAAAAUAUCGAAAAUAUCAACGCCAAUCUCAAGGGUGAAAUUGCUACUCUAACCACGAAAACUUAUACCAUGAAGACAACUCUGUUUGAGCACCAAAACGACAUCUCUGCCCUCAAAGCCGACCAGGAAAACAUCGGCACCGACAUGGCCAAUUUAGAGCUGAAGAUGGAGGAGGUUCGAAAAGGUGAAAGUAGUCAGGAAAAAGAGGUCAAUGCUAUCACAACCGACAUGUCUGCUAUUCGCACUGGCUUAACAAGUCUCACCAAUUCUUUGUUCAACCUCAAAGCACAAAUUGUGGAUCAGGAUUCACUUGACACCCGUCUAGGAUCUCUAAGCACUAACAUAACCGACAUGUCCCGCGACAUACAAAAAUGCAAAUCCGAAAUUGGCGAAGUUCGACCAGACGUGGAAAGCCUCGCCUCAGAUUUGGUCACUUUCCGCUCGACAGUAACGCUUUUGGCCUCCGAUGUCGGUGGUCAACGGGACCCACCCAGGUUCUCGUGCUCAGUCACUUCCGAUGAGAUCCGCGUUUCUGGCGUGAUCCUAUACAAUAUUUGCAACGUCAACACAAAUGAUUUCAUGAACCGUGAGACGGGUCAUGCUACAAUCAAAGACUCGGGAGACUACUUCCUUUCGUUUACCGCCAAUAUGGUGUCGGUGAACAGUCAGGCGGUAUGGUGCGCCCUCUACAAACAAUCAUCGGGCAACGAAGGGUGGCAAGUUUUGGGCAUGAUCAACAACUACCAAAAGAACGGCGAAAACAUGGCUGAUCGGGACACCGGCUCCAUGACACUUAUUACUUCGCUCAAAGCUGGUGAUCAAGUCUGGGUGGAAUGGCGGGGCUAUGGAGAGUCAUUUCUAUAUAGUAAUCCUUAUCGUUUGAUAAGUUUCACAGGUUUCAUGCUUAAAAAGAAUUAAAAUUGCAGGGAGGGUUUGGCGUUUAUCAUUAUUGGUCCUCCCAUAAGCAAGGAUCUUAAAAAAGGCUCAAAAGCAUGAGUGUUCAUGCACCUUUCCAUUUUUGCUGGAAGACUUGCAGAAUGGGAAGCAUGUUAGGUUGUUAUUAUUAACGUUUUCCAAUGCCAUGCCAUAUGUAGAAUCCAUAAUGUGUGUAGUAUUUGCGAAUAAAUUCUCAU